UAUGAAGCCUCAAGAGCCCAGGUGUGACAGCAAGACUUCUGCACAGAAGCCAUCGGUUACAGCUCCCACUUGCCCCCUGGCCGGUGCCCGGCGCUGCGGCUCCUCUUCUCCCGGCGGGGUUGCCGGCCAUGGCUCGCCCCCUCCUUCUCCUCCUCCUCCCGCUGCUGCUCCGGGGCUGCUUCGCCUCCCGCGCCGCCGCCGCCGCCGCCUUCGGGCGCCAGCAGCAGAGCCCCUUCCGACGUGCCCGCGGGCGGAGCGCGCGCGGGCGGCUCAGCCUCGGGACAAGCGGCGCCGGCGUCGAGGCGGCCGGGCAGAGGCGGGCGGCCAGCGGGGCCGGCCAGGCAUCCUCCAGGGGAGGCGGAAGAGCGAGAGGCUGCCCGUCAAGGCUGCGCCCGGGAGCCGCUUCCCGAGAGCGACGCCAGCUACCGCCGCCGCCGCCGCCACCACCAGCAGCAGCGCCGCCGCCGCCUCCUCCCGCUCUCCAUCCCGCCUGCCGGCAGCAGCAGCAGCGGCGGCGGCUGCCGCAACUCCCUCCUGGUCCUAG